GCAGGAAUCAUCCACAACCGCCACAUCACAACAACAACCAACCAACACCCUUCUUGGCGCGAGCGAGACAUGUCCUCGGCACACACGCGCUUGUCGUUCCGACAGUCCAUUGAAGCGUUCCUGUGUGCAGGCAUUGAAGACGCGGGUAGCAAUGGCCAUACACGCUCAUCUCUGGACAGUGACAGCUGCGACGAGAUUGCCCUUGCUGCACGUGCUCUGUCGACAGUGCAGCAGCUGAGUGAAGGCAAGCUGCACAUUCCUACUGCAGGCAGCAUCACUGCCGCCCUUUUUGAUGUCAUUGAGGACGAAGACAAGAGUACACACGAGCAGCUACACGACCAAGAACAACAACAGCAGCAGAAGCAACAGAAUGAAAGGGAGCAAGAACAGGAGCACGUGUCGAUUCCGUCCGCUCCGCGGCAUCCCGUGUCGACAAGCGCCCCCUACGCAUCCACACAAGACCAACAUUGGAUAACAACAGCCAUCACAUCAACAUCAGAAGCAGCAAGUACAACAAGCACAUCCCCGUCGUCAGCUGAGGUCCCGUCGUUGAACCUUGCUGAGUUGUCGGGCUUCAGCGCCUCGCAACUGCAGGAAGUGAGCGGUCGACACGUGCCCGGGUCCUUUGAGGUCGGUGGCAAGUUCUAUGUCAUCAAAGGAACACUCACAAGCCAUGAAGAGCUGUCUGCAUAUCGACAGUCCAAGUCGGCCAUGACAGCAACGACGUCGACAAUAACUUCCCCCGCCCUCGCCGCUGCCACCACCACAACGAACGGCAGCAGCACCAGCACCAGCACCAGCACCAGCGUCAAGAGCGAGGUGGAUGUGUCGUUUGUCGCAUCUGCCAGCCCGUCGCACAGCACAGAGACGAAAGGCCCUGUCAACAACACUGAUCUCCAAGAUCCACGUCUUGCCAUCCUGCGUCGGGCUGGACGACCCGUUCCCGGCCGGGCGAACACCACGCGCAGCAGUGCCACCUCGACCUCCACCUCUGCGCCACCACCAUCGGCGGGAACGGGGACGAAAAAGCGGCGUUCAUCGUCGAAAACAGCGCCGGUUCCACGCGAACUUCGUGGGCUCCAGUUUGAGAAUCCUGGGCGCCGCAGUGCAUGCCCAGCCGUGGAUGACGAGUGGGUGUGCCGGUGCACGACUGUGAACCGAGGCGACAUCAUCUGCAGCGCGUGCAAUUCCCCGCGGCCGCGCACCACCCGUCGCUCCCGCACACCGUCAACAUCAGCAUCAUCGUCCUCAUCGUCAUCGGCCGCAGCAACCGAGCCCGCCGCGCGCAAGCCUGGCGCAGACGGUUCAAGCGACAGCCAGGGCAAGCCAUCAACACAGCGCAGUAAGCAAGCCAUGACAACCGCAACACCAACCGCUGCGCCAACAACCACCACCAGUUGCAGCAGUGCGAACGAUGAGAGCGGUCCGGCACGUGGGACGAGAGCGGUGAAGACGGAACCGACGGCUUCAGCCAGCAAGGCGGCCGCCACGGCCACCAGCGCGACCACCACAACCAGCAACGCGAACAAGGGCGAUGCCAAGUAUGCAAACCAAGUGGCGUGCAUCUCGUGUCGACGGGUGUUUACGCACCUGCAGCGGCACCUGAGCCGCUCGUCCAAGUGCCAGCUGGCGCUGCGGCGGCGCGAUGCAGCCGUGGUCCGCCACCGCCAGAACGCCGGCCGCCACAACACCAACCUCACGUCGUGCGUGCUGUGCGGGGAGGCGUUUGCCAGCACCGGGGACCUGCAGGUGCACCUGAAGGGCCCGGACCACCUGCGGCGGGCGGCGGGCGUGCUCACGGCGGGUGUGGACGGAUCCGAUCUGUUUGGGGCGCCGGCACCGCGACCGCUCGGAGACACGGAGCCCGAGGCAUUCAACACAGCCAUCGACUUUGGUCGCAGCGCAUCCAAGCUGUGGUUUGAGUUUACGCGCGGGCUGCACGUCUCUGGCGGUGCUGAUGAAGCAGACGACGAAGCAGUUACGCAUGCACGGACAAGCACAGCUGCAGUGGCGCAUGACGCAUCUGAAGAUCCCGCAUUGCAUACACAGCAACCGCUACAGCAGCACCAUCCCGGGUCCCACACCGCCGCUGCCGCCACCGACAACCAUCUUAGCAAGCGGCGCAAAGUGGCCGGCAACGAGGAAGCAACGUCGCCACCGUCACCGCCAGUGGCACCAGCGGACGCCUCUGUGUCAACCACCACUGCGCCGCUGCAGCAACAGCAGCAAGAGGAGCUAUACGGGGUGGCUGCACCGUGCGCGGGCGCCGGUGUAAACCAAAAGAUUUCGUUCCUGUGCCGCGUGCUCACAGCCGCGUUUGCCCCCACUGCCGGCGAUGGGGGUGACGAUGGGGAUGCGCACCACCAUCACGGCAACGUGGAGGAUGUGAUACACUUGCUGCAGCGUGAGGACACGCAGGCUGCGCAACAGUCUGCUGACUUGCAGGUCUUGCGACAGCGCGUCCAGCAACGCCAGCUGGCCCUUGUCCAGACCUUGGCCAGCCUCAACGCAUGA